AUGAUUCUGACAUUGCAGGGAAGGAUUAUCAAUAUAGCAUCGGUUGUUGGUCUAACUGGGAAUAUAGGGCAAGCCAACUACAGUGCUGCAAAAGCUGGAGUAAUUGGUCUGACAAAGACUGUUGCAAGGGAAUAUGCAAGCAGAAACAUUAAUGUCAAUGCUAUUGCCCCAGGAUUCAUAGCAUCUGACAUGACAGCCAAGCUUGGAGAAGACCUUGAGAAGAAAAUCUUGGCGACUAUCCCCUUAGGAAGAUAUGGCCAACCGGAAGAAGUUGCUGGGCUGGUGGAAUUCUUGGCUCUCAGUCCUGCUGCCAGCUAUAUCACUGGACAGGUGCUCACCAUUGAUGGAGGUAUGGUUAUGUAAGUCAGAGAUCCUACCUGGUUAAGGCUUUCAGCAUUUACAACUGUCAGUUUUGGAACUAGAGUGCAGCAACCUUAGUUGUUUAUUUAGUCGAUACUGUUAUCCUAUAAUAGGCAUAUGCUGUUGUUGGCUAGUCUUCUUUCUUUCAUUUUUUUCUCCUUUUGGUGCUUUAGUGUAGUUUUUUAAUAAAUAGAUGGUUGGGCAAGUGUGACAGAAUUCCAGCGAAGCUUGUUAUAUGACAUUUCAACUAAGUGAGAAUCUUGGAACUUUCCAUUUAGGCAGAAGAUUGCGUGAAUUUUAGUUAGUUUAUAUAGUGGGAGUGUAUGCAUAUAUAUAUUUUUACUUAUCAUAAUGCAUUUGGAAUCAGUUUUUGAGGUACAA